AUGCUCAGUUCAGCUGAAAGGAUGUAUUGCGAUUAUGCAGAGAGAUGGAAUUGUUUGAACUCCAGUGCCACCAAUCGACGGCAUACGAAGACACUGCCACAAGAGGUACCUUCUGUUUGUUCGUUUGUACUGCCUUGUUGGUCUCAAACUGUAUGGUAUUGGUUCUUUAGGAAUCUCUUGAAUCACCUGAUAAUGGAUCAAAAUAAGAACUCCCCACUAGAACACUGCUAG